AUGCCCUCGGGCUGUGGGUGUGCACCAGGCGGCAUGCGCUGCAGGGUUCACCCCGCGCUGCUGCUGCUCCUCGCGCUCCUGAUGCUGGUCAGCACUGUCAACAGCACCCGACAAGAAAACGAUGAUCUUACUAAUCAAACAAAGGGAGACAGCCGGCUUCUACGGCGAUCCAAGAGAAGAUGGGUUAUUACCACCUUGGAGCUGGAGGAGGAAGACCCAGGACCCUUCCCCAAAUUUGUGGGUGAGCUGUUCAAUAAUAUGUCCGCUAACAUGGAAAUAAUAUAUUUAAUCAGAGGACCUGGUGUGGAUGAAUAUCCAGAGAUUGGUUUGUUUUCUAUAGAAGAUAAUGUGAAUGGGAAAAUAUAUGUUCACCGCCCUGUUGAUCGAGAGAAAACACCGUUUUUUAAGGUUUAUUUUGAUGUUGCCAACCGCUUAACAGGACACAUCGUGGAUAAAUCCUUGAUUAUCAACAUCAGGAUCAAUGAUGUGAAUGAUCACGCUCCUGAAUUCCCUGAGAAGGAAUUUAACAUCAGUGUGAAGGAGGACCAUGCCGCAGGUGCGCAAGGUCAACCUGUUUUUCAGAUGUUAGCAGUGGAUCUGGAUCAAGAAAAUACUCCAAACUCUCAAGUGCUUUACUUCCUUGUUUCUCAAACACCGGUACUGAGAGAGAGUGGUUUCCGGAUUGACCGUGUUAGUGGAGAAGUGCGACUGUCAGGAUGCUUAGAUUAUGAGAUGGCACCUCGGUUUACACUACUCAUUGGAGCGAGGGAUUAUGGCCACCCGCCGCUCUCAUCCACAGCCACCGUCCAUGUGCACGUGCAAGACAGCAACAACCACAUGCCCAGGUUCACGCAGGACCACUAUAACAUUCAGAUUUCGGAAGGCUGGGCCAACCAGGGUGUGUUACGUCUCGGGGUUCAAGAUGGUGAUUCACCAUCUACAGCAGCGUGGAGAGUGAAGUUCAACAUAACGAACGGCAACGAAGAGGGACAUUUUGACAUUUCGACGGAUCCUGAGACCAAUGAAGGGAUUUUAAAUGUUAUCAAGCCUUUGGACCAUGAGACUCAGCCAGCGUGGAGCCUGGUCGUGGUCGUGGAGAACGAAGAGCCGCUCUUCUCCUGCGAAGGGGGGCAGCUGCGGAGGCCCCAACAGGCCUCGGCCAGCGCCACCGUGAGUGUGCGGGUGACCAAUGCCAACGACCCGCCCACCUUCCACCCGGGGACCUUCAUCGUCAGUGAGGUCGAUGGCGCAGGGCCGGGGACUCAGCUGGGAAUGUUCAACGCUACAGAUCCAGAUCGAACCGCCGGCCAGAUAAGAUACAAACUGGCUUAUGAUCCCGCAAACUGGGUCAGCAUCGAUGAGCGCUCUGGGGUGGUCAUCACUGUGAAGCCGGUUGACCGCGAAUCUCCUCAUGUCAAUGACAGCAUUUACGUAAUCAUCGCUCAUGCUGUAGAUGAUGCCCUGCUGGGAUAUCCUCCUCCCCACCCAGGUGUCCCUCCGCAGACUGGAACGGGGACCAUGCUGCUCUUCCUGUCAGACGUCAACGACAACGCUCCCAUGCUCCGCCCGAGUUCUCAGCACCUGGAGGUCUGUCAGUCUGCGGGAGACAAACCCCUCCUCAUCGAGGCGGAGGACAGCGACCUAGAGCCCUACUCCAACCCAUUCACUUUCAAACUGGACAACACGUGGGGAGACACAGAAGACGUGUGGAGACUGGGGGAAAACAAGGGUUAUUCAGUGGAACUUCUAAUGCAGAGAACCCUUCCACUUGGUGACUACUCUGUGCCGCUUCUCAUCGGAGACAAACAGGGACUUUCCCAGAAGCAGACUGUCCACGUGAGGGUCUGCUCCUGUCCCGAUGGAUUCACCUGUGCGGAGCCCCUCGUCGCGAGAGCUGGGGUCCUGCCGGGCACCCUGGUCCCUCUCUGUGUAGCGUUCCUGGCUCUGGCAGCUGCUCUGCUCCUCCUGCUGCGAUGCCACCUUGUGUCUGAAGCCAAGAGGCAGGGUUGCUCCGUGCCACAGGAUGAGGGGAUCCAGACCCUGAUCGCGUGGAACGAGGAGAGCAGAGCCGAUCCUCCCCAGGGAAGAUCAUACCUCAGGGAUCACAUGCCAGCCCUGUCCAUCAGCCCAGCCGAGGCGGGCGCCAAGCUGGGAGCUAAGGGUCAUGGCGUGUUUUUUGAGCCAAGUGUGAGAAACAAAUACUCUACUCCUGUUUGGCUUGAUACCGCGGUGCCCAGAGGACCCCUGGAAAUGAGAGCAGGAGUGAUGGCGGAGGUGCUGAGUCAGCAGCUCUGUGGCACCCACGACCCCAAGGGUGAUCUUGGCUACCCACCUCACGUCUAUGCAGAGGAGGGCGAGUGUGAGCAAGCAGACAGCCUCAGUUCUCUCACCUUCUCUGAACAUGACCUACCGCCUGACUUGCUGGACUCUUUGGGGCCAAAGGCUGCUCCACUAGAAGAAAUAUAUUCUGAGUCAGCUUUUCGUUCCUAA